CUCUCUCUCUCUCUACCGAAUUUCUAAGGCUAUGGCGGGUGUGGUGGCGGCGGCCAUGGAGGGGGAUACCAACAACAACAUCGUGAGCUGGGUAGCGUCCGGGGUGGUGCUGUGGUCGACGACGUUCGUGCUGGUGCGUGCGCUGUUCCCGAAGCGCUCCUACGACUUCUGCAACCGCGCCGUCUCCACCAUGCACGCCGUCACCGCCGUCUGCCUCGCCUGCCUCUCCGUCGCCGACUGGGCCUGCCCCGUCUGCCCGCUCGCCGCCGCGUCCUCCCCGCGCCAGAUGAAGGCGCUGGCGAUUACGCUGUCGUACAUGGUGUACGACGCGGCGUGCUGCCACCUCAACGGCGACGUGCGGCUGGACAACACCGUGCACCACCUCGUCAGCAUCGUCGGCAUCGGCGCCGGACUCGCCUACCAGAGGUGCGGGACGGAGAUGGUGGCGUGCAUGUUCAUCGCGGAGAUCUCUAGCCCGCUGCUGCACCUCCGGGAGAUGCUCAAGGAGUUCGGCAUCAGGGACACCGACCUCAACCUCCUCGUCGAUAUUCUGUUCGCGGUGACCUUCUCGGUGGCGCGGAUGGGCGUGGGGCCGUACCUCACGUACGUCACGGUGACCGCAGACAACCCGAUCCUCAUCAAGGCUAUGGCGACGGGGCUGCAGCUGGUGAGCGCCUACUGGUUCCUGCGGAUCCUCAGGAUGGUCAGGUACAAGCUCGGGAAGAAGAAGGCCCUGCCGCCGGCGGCCAAGCUCGCCGCCGCCAACUGAUCAAGCAUGCAUUACAAUUGCAAGUUUAACUCGAGUUUGCGUGCACAUAUAUACCCGUGUUUGCGCAGUUCAUGCUUCUGAAGGUGAUCGUCAAGGUCUGAUCAUGUAACAUGUUUCCAUUGGCAAGGAUGUCGCAAACUGAGGUGCGUGUGCUCUAGCAAUUGUUAUUAAUAUAAAAUUGUCCAA